UUCCUACUCGACUGAAACCCUAAACCCUUCAUUGCAACUCGCAAGCACCACCACCACCACAGCUAUGGCGGAGGUAAAAAUCUCUGAGACGCGAGACCUGACGAGAAUAGAGCGCAUCGGCGCUCAUUCACAUAUCCGAGGACUUGGCCUGGAUUCCGCACUCGAGCCUCGAGCGGCGUCUGAAGGUAUGGUGGGUCAGACCUCGGCCCGGAAAGCUGCCGGCGUGAUCGUUAAGAUGGUCCAGGAAGGAAAAAUCGCCGGUCGUGCUGUGCUCCUAGCUGGCCAUCCAGGAACUGGGAAGACUGCUAUUGCGAUGGGCAUGGCUAAGUCGUUGGGUCAGGAAACCCCCUUCGCAAUGCUCGCCGGAAGCGAACUCUUCUCCCUGGAAAUGUCAAAGACCGAAGCCUUAAUGCAAGCGUUUAGGAAGGCGAUUGGAGUUAGAAUCAAAGAGGAGGCGGAGGUAAUUGAAGGCGAGGUUGUGGAAAUCCAAAUUGACCGUCCGGCCACGGCUGGGGCUGCUUCCAAGACUGGGAAGCUCACGCUUAAGACUACGGAUAUGGAGACUGUGUAUGACUUGGGGACGAAGAUGAUUGAGGCUCUCGGGAAGGAGAAGGUGCAGAGUGGAGAUGUUAUUGCCAUUGACAAAGCCUCCGGGAAGAUUACUAAGCUCGGGAGAUCGUUCUCGAGGUCUAGGGACUACGAUGCUGUGGGGGCACAAACCAAAUUCGUGCAGUGCCCUGAUGGGGAAUUGCAGAAGAGGAAGGAGGUGGUGCAUUGCGUCACACUCCAUGAGAUUGAUGUCAUUAAUAGCAGAACGCAGGGAUUUCUGGCCCUUUUCACUGGCGAUACUGGCGAAAUUCGUGCUGAGGUGAGGGAACAGAUAGAUACAAAGGUUGCAGAGUGGAGGGAGGAAGGAAAGGCGGAGAUUAUCCCUGGUGUUCUCUUUAUAGACGAAGUGCACAUGCUUGACAUCGAGUGCUUUUCGUUCCUGAACCGUGCUUUGGAGAAUGACAUGGCGCCUAUAUUGGUUGUUGCUACCAAUAGAGGGAUUACGACGAUCAGAGGCACAAACUACAGGUCUCCUCACGGGAUUCCUAUUGAUUUCCUUGACCGCUUGCUCAUCAUCUCCACACAACCUUACUCAGAAGAAGAAAUCCGCAAGAUUCUUGAUAUCAGAAGCCAAGAAGAGGAUGUGGAGAUGUCUGAAGACGCGAAAAUACUGUUAACGAAGAUUGGGGUCGAUACAUCUUUAAGGUACGCUAUUCACCUAAUUACUGCUGCUGCACUUGCUUGCCAAAAGCGUAAGGGAAAGAUUGUGGAAAUGGAAGAUGUGCGUCGAGUUUAUGAGCUCUUCUAUGACGUGAAGAGAUCAACGCAAUACCUCAUGGAAUAUCAAAGCCAGUUCAUGUUCAGUGAAGUGGCAACAGGAGAGGCCUAUGAAGAAGACGAAACUACUGCAAUGGUCUCAUAGCAUAAUUGCACACUUGUUUAAAAUUGCCUCAUUUUCAUGCAAAUACUCCUUGACUCCUUAGAAUCUGUUUGUUAUUAGAUCUGGAACAUUCAGGCCUAAUAUAUGGGUUUCUUUUGUUUUGUAUGAUGCUAUUCAAGGCUCAAUUUGCUAUAUAUUAGUGUUGGUCUUAA